AUGCUACGCCGGUGCUCCCCUUCAACGGAGGCGGCAGUGGAUCCCGCCCGGCGCCCGGCGGUCGGCGGCACUUCGUUCACCCGGAUAUGUAUGCAGGGGGGACUUGAGUUCGCGCCCCGGAUACAACACCCUUCGCAGCCAACCACCCAGGAGCCCAGAAGCAGGAUGGUGUUCGCUCGGCUGGGAAGCGCAUAUCUCCGCCGGCUGCAGACCCACACCCUGCCCACCCAGAUGGCCACUGCCGCCGUCGUCUUCCCGCUCGGCGAUGCCAUCUCCCAGCAUCUUAUCGACCGGCGCCCAUGGGCCCAGCACAACUUCAACCGCACCCUGCGCUCGAUCACCUACGGCAGUCUGGCUUGGGCACCCAUCGCCUACAAAUGGAACAAGCUGCUCAGCGGGAUCACCUACCCCUCAUCCACCCUCAAGACCGUGCUGUGCAGGGUAGCCAUCGACAUGGCCCUCUUCACCUCCUUCGCAACCUGCUACUUCUUCACCUGCAUGGGCCUCCUCGAGGGCCGCACCUGGAAGGAAAUCCAGGCCAGGAUCGACAGAAAUUACUCCACCGUCGUAUGGACCAACAUCAGCAUCUUCGGCCCCGCACAGAUCAUCAACAUGAGCCUCGUCCCCGUCUACGGCAGACCGCCCUUCCUCAACCUCGUCUCGCUCGGCUACAACUGCUUCCUGGCCACCCUCAACAACAACACCCCCGCCCUCGCCGCCGGAGCAGCCGAGAACUAA